AUGGCUGCAAUUGCUCGCGCCCUGCAACGCACCAUGCAGAGCUACGCCGAAGCCAAUGCCCAGCAUCCCCUGCUGGUCAAGGCCCUCACCUCUGGGGUGAUGUUUGGCGCUGGCGAUUGCAUCGCCCAGACGUUGGUUCCCCCGCCGAAGGGCGAUCCCCAGGUGUACGAUUGGCGCCGGACACUGGCAUUUGCCUCGUUUGGGCUGCUGCUAGCCGGGCCGACCUUCCACGUGUGGUAUGGCCGCCUGGACCACCUGCCGAAGGCCAUCGCGCGAGUGCGGAAUGCCGCCACCCUACGCGCCCCGGCGGGUGCGGUCACUGCCACCACGGCCGGCCCAUCCGGAGGGUCGCUGCUGGCGGCGCGCAUGAGCCUCCUACGUCAGCCGGCCUCCCCGGCCGAAGUGGCCGCCGUGCCGACGCGCUAUGUCAUCGCCACCAAGGUCGCCUGCGACCAGUUGAUCUUCGCCCCGGUUUUCCUUCCGGUUUUCGUUUUCUACACCGGCGCCUUCCGCGGUGGAUCGGUGGCCGACUCGGCCGCCACCUUGCGGCAGACCUUCUGGCCGACCUACCGCAUGGACUGGUGCGUCUGGCCCGCGGCGCAGACACUGAACUUCACCUUUGUCCCGGUUCCCCUGCAGCCGCUCAUGGUGAAUGUGGUCAGCCUCGGCUGGAACACCUUCCUCUCGUGGUUCAUCGGCGGCAAGCAACAGUCUUGA